UUCCUUCCACGUCGAAGGCGGUAUAUAACCCCCGGGGCUCCAACACAUGGACAUCCAGUAGUCCACUGCUGAGGAGUCGUACGGUCGAGCAGUCCGCGUCACCAUGAGGCAAUACGCAGCGGUGCUGGUCGCCGCCCUGGCCGCCUGCGCCCUAGCCGAGGAGGCCAACAAGUCCGGGGCCAAGGCGGACUCCGGCAAGCCCAAGCGAGGGCUGUACGGCGGCUUCGGCUACGGCUUCGGCGGCGAGCUGGGCGGCUACGGCGGCUACGGCGGCGGCUACGGCCUGCACGAGCCGGUGCACACCGUCACGCUGACCAAGGCGGUGCCCGUGCCCGUGGCGCAGCCCGUGCCCUACACGGUCGAGAAGCCCGUGCCUUACCCCGUCAAGGUGCCCGUGCACGUGCCCGUGGACAGGCCCUACCCCGUGCACGUGCCGCACGCCGUGCCCUACCCGGUGGAGCGUCCGGUGCCCUUUCCGGUGGAGAGGCCCGUGCCCUACCCCGUCAAGGUGCCCGUCAAGGUCCACGUGCCGCAGCCGUACCCCGUGCACGUGCCCCAGCCCUACGCCGUGCCCGUGGCCAAGCCGGUCGCGGUGCCCGUGCCGCAGCCGGUCGUCGUGCACAAGCCCGUGUUCGUCCACGGCGGCGGCUUCGGUCACUACGGCGGCGGCUUCGGUCACUACGGCGGCGGCUUCGGCCACUACGGCGGCGGCCUCGGUCACUACGGCGGCUUCCACUGAAGACACCUCCCUCCGGACGACCGUCCACCGUAUUUAUUCCUCUCGACGACGACCAAGGCGACCCAGGAUGCAAUUAUGUAAGUGUAAACACAAGUGGCCUAUUCUGUACUUUUCUACUCGAGCGAAAACACGAACAAAUAAAGCUGAUU